AGCGCUGCUGCACCUACCCUCAUUCCACUUCCACUUAGUGCAUCUCCGUACCUCCUUCCUGAGCCUUGCUUGCUCUCUGACGCCGGUCGAGGACAGCCUCUAAGCUAGUGUUAACCGCGUUUGUAUGCUUCAGGACUCACACUGAACUUUCUGGCGACCAGAAGCUAUGGAUCCUCUAGAGUUUGGAUCUCUGGCACGCGUCCGAAUUCUGCUCCUCCCAGUGGGUGCUAUCAAGCGGUCGUUCUUCGAGCAAUGGGCAGCAGAGAUACGGACGUUUGAGAGCAUACGUCUGGGCGACAUACCAGCGGACACGCGCGAUGACAGAGCGCGGUUCAUGCCCAACCCGUUGGCAACUGGGCAUAUUCAUAUGAGUUACCCAUCUCAUCCACUCCCCCAGUCUCAUCGGACGCUGUCGCUUUUUCGUCCGUCCGACUUCCCUUUAGGUGUCAUUGGCAUCGCAUCCAGCUCAAGCUCACAGAACGAGUCUCUGUCCUCCAUCCUUGCGCAGUUCAAUGCCAUGCUGAGCGACCUCUUCCCAUCUGGCGCCCUCUUCCCCCUCGCCAACAACUGCCUAGUCUUCGAGGAGAGUGACGGUAGCACGAACCUCAAUUUAGGCAACUACCCCGGGCUAGUGGUUAUACCAAGCAUGAUGGGGAAUAAGAGGUUGUACGUUGGUACACUAAUCGCAGACUUGUGCUCAAAUAUAUUAGCUGAGUUUGCAACUGUGGUGCAAAUGUUAGAGACACCGCUCGGCAAUGAGUACCUCAACGCAACACUCUUCCCUGCUCUCCCACACAUAUCAGAGAUGCCGAGACCUAUUGAGAACGAUAUACCUGCUCGCAGCUCUCUGCCGCCCCUACCCUCGCAGCACAGUCAGCCGAACCUGGCGACUGGAAGUUCCCUGCUAAGAGCCAAGACACCAACCACCUUAUCCGUAAAACGGAAUUCGUCUAUUGGCCCAGGUCCUCCCUCCUCCCCCUUCCGUCAGUCCAGCCUGCCGGUUCCCUCAGCGAAGAAGAAGCCUUUGGCUAUAGGUGCGGUGUCAUCCCAUGGCAGGCUAUUCAAGGUGCUUGGAGACUUCUUCCUGCUCGCUGGAAGGUCUAUGGAUGCUUCCGUAUGGUAUAAUGAAGCAGUCGUUCUUCUCAAGAGUACGCAGGAUGCUGUCUGGCAUGCAUCCGCGCUGGAGGGCCUAGCGACUUUGCAGGUCGUGGACGCAUGGUCGUCUAACCAAACGAAUGGAGCUCCCGAGGGCAAUGAGCCAUGGGACGAUGUUGCCGAGAAAGUCACACAGGCAGCAAACCUGUAUUCCAGGUCGGCCCCUCCACCAGAGCCGGAAGUGAAUUUUUCCUUCGUGUCUUGGUUCUACACACGCUGCAUACUGCGACAUGCAUCUCUGCUGCUUGCAGUAUGGGCGGCCAAGGGAUGGGGUCCUCUAACCUUUUCCAUGCUCCUUCACGGCAGCACUGCUACCCUACCUCCUACCUUAGCACAAAAACCAGGCUCGACAUCCGGCGGGGACAAGCGAGUGUCGCAUAAUUUAGCGGAACGGCUGAGCUCCAUUACGGGCAUCACACGAUCCAUGAUCUCGGGCGUUGUCGCACAAGCACAUGGCCCUUGGCUCCUUCAUCUCGGUUCUCGUGAGCGAAUAUUCAUCCUGGAGAACGUGGCCGCCAUCUACAGCAUACUCGGUUACUUGCGGAAGGAGGCCUAUAUCCUACGCGAAGUCCUGGGAUGCAUCAUGGAUCUCGUGGUUUGCGGUCGUGAUGAACACGUAGGGACUACGAUAGCGGGUGCUGGGCUGGGCAUACAGGGCGUCGAACUGGGCGACAGCACAAAUCAUGGGUCGGUAGGCAUUAGGACGCAUGAGAACACAGUGGGGAACGAGAGUGUUCUUAAAGUGGUUAAACAUGUUUGUCGAGUUCAUGGCGUUGAUCUCGAUGCGGUCCGUUUGAUAGCAAGCGAGACGGCAGAAUCCGAAGAAGCCAUCUCCGACGAUUUGGAGGAACUGGAGCCCACACAAGAAGCCUACGGAUGGCCAGAGUUGCAGAUCGGUAUUGUUCGCGAAGCCAUAGCAGUCGCGGAGGCUCUCCCUGAUUAUCCAGCCGUGGCACAAUUCUGCUUGUCAGCUCUCAAGGCUUUGCAUAUCGUCAUGAGCCACGGGGAUCAGCAUCACUUUUACAGCACUGCUGCAAGGGCCCUUUCCACCGCAAGACGAAGAGGCGAUGCACGCCGCGUAGACUACUGGUCCGGGAAACCUAUAGUCAGCAUCGAAAUAUUGUCACUACCACUUGUUCGUCUGCCCAUGGAGAAACCCAUAUCGCUCUUGUCGCAGAAACAGGAUGGGGUCAAUCCAGUUCUCGUCGGUAUGACGGACCCAUUUUUGUAUAAUCCGCGCAGGUCGCUGGGGGGACAGUCCGAUGCACUCUUGGUACAGAACGAACCAUUCGAUGUAGUGAUCACCCUCCGCAAUCCUUACGUCUUCGAUCUUGAGUUGUCAAAGCUGUCGCUCAGUACGUCUGGGGUGUCGAUAGAAUCGAAACCGAUGUCUCUGGUUGUACCAGCGAACUCCUUUCAUCCCGUCACCAUUACCGCACAAGCGGUGGGAGCGGGAAUACUGACGAUUCGCGGCUGUUACGUGCAGGCUCCUGGCGGCGCUACAAGAGAAUUCCUAUUGCCUUUAUCCACGGAUGACGAAGAGUCUAGACAGGCCCGCCGACGCAGUGCGAUCGAGUGCGAAUCUGGUCGCUCCAAGCAUGCAGGACUGAACUCUCGGCCGUUCGCGAAGAAAGGGAAACGCACGAGUGCUUCUGUCGCCUCUAACACGCGCUAUACACCGCGAUACCUACAGUGUCGGGUCGUGCUAGAGCAGCCACUUCUCCGUAUCCGCCGGACAUCGUUGACACACGGCGCUGUCAUGUUGUAUAACGGCGAGAAGUCAGCAAUUCGUAUUACGUUGGAGAAUGUGUCAUCGCUGCCAGUUGACUUUAUCCGCCUGACAUUCGAUGACUCGACAAUAGCACCUGCCCAGCAAGCUCUCGCGGAGGGCGAUUUGUCUGUUUACGACACCUAUGAGACGGAAUAUGACCUCAUCCAUAAGCCAGUGUUCACAUGGGAAAGCUCAUCGGGGAAGCAGACUGCGGAGCCGGGUGAGAAACUCGUUGUCAAUGUGAACUGCUUCGGUAAGGUUGGAUGGCGCGUAUAUUCUUUUCCUCACGUUCACGAUAUCGAAAGAUUGACCAGUAAUUACAGCACGCAUGGUAUUAUCCAUGUCUCUUAUUCCUACUGCCACCGGCCUCGCCCGACGCUGGACAAGCCCCCCGAUAUAUUCCAUACUCGCCAGUUAUCAUACCCCGUGCUCGUUACCGUAUACCAUAUGCUCGAAUGUCACAACCUCGAUAUCCUCCCGUACUCCCCUGAUACCGCUUUUCUUUUCCCUGACGAACACAAAGCACCCCUGUUGAUCGACGACAUCAAUGACUGGUGCAUUGUCUCCAUCGAAGUCCGUAAUACUUACGGCAUACCCUUCGAAGUCAUUUUCGAGCGCCAGCAACCUGGUGUUUCGGCAGGUCAAACAACAACACUAGUUCCUCCCGGUUUGACAUCAAGAAUUUUACUUCCUAUCAAAAAGUUCACGUUGCCCGACGAUGAUGUCCAACUGCCUAUCCCGACACUCUCGGAUCGUCAGUUUGUCGUGUCCAACUCAGGACUUUCUGCCGAGCAAGAGCACCUGCAGCGAGAACUAUUCUGGUACCGGGAAGCGCUUCUCAAGUAUGUGCGGGGCAGGUGGAAAGAGACUGGAGGAACCCGUGCGGGCGAGUUGUCGCUUCGACAGUUACGGAUAACGCAACCGAUGCUCAACACACUACAUGUUGAACGCGCACGCCUAAACUUAUCAUUAUGGUAUAAUGACGACUCGACUAGCGAUUUCAAGCCAAUAGCUGAGCGCGCCGGGAUAUACCAGCCGAAGUUCAACGAGCUCGUGUACCUUCGUGCGAAGAUUACGAACUUGUCAAAUAUGCCACGGAUAUUCACAGUCAACAUUACGCUGGACCCUCCGCAGCAUGUACUUUUCGAAGGCGUACUGUCGGAUAUUCCCGUCGGCCGAUUAGCUGGCGGUGAAUCGCACGAGUUUGACACGCUGGUUGUUUUUAUUUCUUGUGGACGCUUCGAGCUUGCAGGAUGUAUUACGGACCCAAGUUGUGUGGGGGAUAGUGAUAGGUUGGGGCGAGGCGUGAUCAAAGCAGCGGUCCAACCAUAAAACUAGCUUUGGGUGUUCAACACGGGUGACUAAUGAGAUAACCUUGCGGUAGUUCCGCUGAAAACUGAUCUUGAUGGAGAUGCAAGUCCAG